AUGCAGGAUGUCGUGUUCGAGGUGAACGCCGUCGGCUGGGCUCCCUGCGGCGCGCGCACGGCGUUGUCCCAGCACCACGACGACCCGGCGAGGCUCCCCACGGCAGCCGUCGGGCACGGCCACAAGCCCAGCGGCCGGUACGUCCUCGCCGCGGCCCGCGCCGACGAGGAGGAUGGACUGCGCCAGGCGAUCACUCUCGGCGCGCUCAGGCCCCGCGUCACGUACCGUGUCGCCGGCUGGAUCAGCGUGGCCUGUGAAGCAGCGGAGGAGGAGGAUGGAAACCAGCAGGGCGGCCACCCCGUUCGUGUCAGCAUCCGCGUAGGCGACGACGACGGGGGCUGCGUCAUCGACGGCGGCGCCGUCUGCGCCGAGCCGGGCAGGUGGGCGGAGAUCAAGGGCGCGUUCCGGCUCAGGGAGAGCCCCCGCAGCGCCGCGGUUCACGUGCACGGGCCGCCUGCCGGCGUCGACGUGAAGGUCAUGGAUCUUCGGAUCAUUGCCAUCGACCGCAAAGCGCGCUUCAGCUACCUCAAGGACAAGACGGACAAGGUGCGCAAGCGUGACGUGGUUCUCAAGUUGGGCGGGGCGGCGGGGGCGUCCGUGCGCGUGGUGCAGCUGGACAGUGGGUUCCCGCUGGGCAGCUGCAUCAACGGCGAGGUGAUCCAGAACCCCGCCUUCGUGGACUUCUUCACGAACCACCUGGACUGGGCCGUCUUCGAGAACGAGCUCAAGUGGUACUGGACGGAGGCGCAUCGCGGGCAGCUCAACUACGGCGACGCCGACCGGCUGCUCGACUUCUGCGACCGCGCCGGCAAGCCCGCGCGGGGCCACUGCAUCUUCUGGGCCGUCGAUGGCGACGUGCAGCAGUGGAUCAAGGACAUCGGCGGCGACCGCGACCAGCUCAUGGCGGUCGUGCAGGAGCGCAUCCGCGGCCUCCUGGGCCGCUACGCGGGGAGGUUCCCGCACUACGACGUCAACAACGAGAUGCUGCACGGCCGCUUCUUCCGCGACCGCCUCGGCGACGACGUCGCCGCGCUCAUGUUCCGCGAGGCCGCGCGGCUCGACCCGGGCGCCGCGCUCUUCGUCAACGACUACAACGUCGAGUGCGGCAACGACCCCAACGCCACGCCCGACAAGUACAUCGGCCUCAUCCGCGACCUGCAGCGCGGCGGCGCGCAGGUGGGCGGCAUCGGCCUGCAGGGACACGUCAGCAACCCCGUCGGGGAGGUCAUCUGCGACGCGCUCGACAAGCUCUCCGCCACCGACCUGCCCGUCUGGAUCACCGAGCUCGACGUCGGCGAGCCCGACGAGGCCCUCCGCGCCGACGACCUCGAGGUCGUGCUCCGCGAGGCGUACGCGCACCCGUCCGUGCAGGGCGUCGUGCUCUGGGGGUUCAUGCAGGGACACAUGUGGCGCCAAGACGCCGCCCUCGUCAACGCCGACGGCACCGUCAAUGACGCCGGACAGAGGUUCAUUGAGCUCCGGAGGGAGUGGACCUCCGAUGCGCGUGGCCGCCUCGACGGCGAUGGGCAGUUCAAGUUCAGGGGCUUCCACGGCUCGUACGUGGCGCAGGUCACGACGGCGACAGGGAAGAUGCUCAAGGCAUUCACCGUCGACAAAGGCGACGCGGCUCUCGUGCUGGACAUGGAUAUAUGACUAUCACACAGUGGUCUAUGGACGAUUACCUUAUAGGUACAAUUUACCAUAGCAAGUCCCCCUCACCAAAGAUGAGUCCACUCAGGACCUAUUUGGAUAGGGUACUUGAUCCAAACCCCCUAAUAUCCCAGUAUAAUGUGUAUUGUAAGAGUGAUGUGUUGUAUUGGCU